GGAUCAGGGCUGAGCAGGCGGAACCACGCGCUCGAGUCCUGCCUGAAUUCGCAGCCCCCACCUGUGGGAUCAUCGCCCCCCCCAUGGCGCAGGAUUUCCCAUUGCCAACCCCUGGGAGGCUGUGAGGAAGAGGAAGAUGCCUCUGAGACAUGCAGGCAGAGCAGGAGCUGAGCAUGGAGAGCAGGGAGGACAAAUCCCCGGGGCAGAACCUGGUGGCAGAGGCCGUUUUGAGUGGCUCCACGGCGCAGGAAGCCAACGGGGAGGAAAAGCCCCGGAGAUGCUUCACGAGGAGGGGCUGCAAACGCAGAUCACAGGGAUCUGAGGGGGAAAGAGCCAGCCUGGGCCGGGAAGGCAGCCGGAGAUGGAGCCAGAGCUCGGACCUGGUGCUCCAUGAGCAGGUCUGUGAUGGGGAGAAGCCCCACACGUGUGGGGAGUGUGGGAAGAGCUUCAGGUGGAACUCCAGCCUGAUCAGGCACCAGAGGACCCACACCGGGGAACGGCCCUACGAGUGUGAUCAGUGCAGGAAGAGGUUUCACACCAGCUCCAAUCUCCUCCGGCACCAGCGCACGCACACAGCGGAGAGGCCCUUCCGCUGCCCCGACUGUGGGGGGGGAUCUAACACAUCUUAGUUAAACAAUUCAUAUUAUAAAUAAACUAAGCACAAAACCAAACACCACUAUAAUUUCUCAUACAUUUUAACCAAAAAAUUAAACUUUAAUACCAUCCUUAACUAUUAAAAAAAAUUAAAAUUUUUAAAAAUUUAA